CAGAAACCAUACUUUCAUUCUGUCCCCCCGUGUUAAACAGACAUCGAAACUCCGGUCUUUUAAACACGGUAAAAACUGACAAACCAUCACUAUUCACUUUCAACAUCGUAUUACAAACUGUUUUCCAGCUGAAAUGAUCAUCAUCCAGGUGCUGAAAUCUCCUCUUCACGGUACGGCCAGAGGAGGUCACCAUCACUUGGGAGGAGGCCUGCACAGAAAGCUCUCCUGAUCAAAUGAAAGAGGCAAAAUGAGAGGAUGGUGGAAGUUGACAAUGCUUGCUGUAGCCCGUAGUGUUAGACACAGUCCCUUCCGACUCUACAGUGGACGGCCUCCUGCACCGCUAGGAGCCAGAAUUCUAUCCAACACCGAUGACAUCUUCCAGCAUAACAUGUGGGAUCAUGUUAAAUGGUCACCGGAGGAGUAUGAACAAGCAAGACAAAAAGCAGAAGAAAACUCCAGAGAACAGAUUCCAAUAGAAGACCAAGUUAGGUAUGACAGAGAUGCUAACAUGUAUUGGAAUGGAUUUUAUGAGAUGCACCAGAACAAGUUCUUCAAAAAUCGGCAGUGGCUUUUCUCUGAGUUCCCUGAGCUCUUGCCCCAGGGCUAUGAGCCAGACCAUUCCUCAUGGGGGCAGGAGAGUGGGGUGACUGACCUGAGCAGCCAAGGAGGCUGUCACAAAGACUUACUCAUUGACCAUCCUGUACUUGGAGAGCAGCAGCAGCACAGCAGUUCCAAUUCUGCAGUAAAAUCUCACAACAGUGUUGCUUUCCCUGGACAACAUGCAUCCUUCAGGAUACUCGAGGUGGGCUGUGGUGCAGGCAACAGUGUGUUCCCCAUCAUCAACACCAUCAGGGAGAGUAAUGUAUUCCUGUACUGCUUUGAUUUCUCUUCUCGAGCGAUUCAGCUUGUGAAGGAGCAUCCAGACUACGACCCCGCAGUAUGCCAUGCAUUUGUGCAGGACGUGUGCGCUGAUGCAUCCUUGUUUCCUUUUCCUCUUGAGAGUCUGGAUGUUAUUCUAGUGGUUUUCGUGCUGUCUUCCAUCCAUCCUAAAAGGAUGCAAGGAGUGCUGAAUCAUCUGGCUGGCUAUCUGAAGCAAGGGGGAAUCAUCCUGUUCAGAGACUACGGCAGAUAUGAUUUGUCACAGCUACGAUUUAAAAGAGGUCAGUGUUUGUCAGAAAAUUUCUACACACGACAAGACGGAACCUGUGUAUAUUUCUUUACUAAAGACGAGGUCCAUCAGUUGUUUACUAACGCGGGUUUGGAGGAGCUUCAGAACCUGGAGGACAGGAGGCUACAGGUGAACCGAGGAAAGAAAAUAGUGAUGCACAGAGUUUGGAUGCAGAGCAAGUAUCGGAAACCAUGAAAUAUGCUGACAACACGGCCUCUGUAGAGCAUGGACCACCCAACAUUCACAAAAAGAGGACCACUGUGGUGACUUUAAUGGAAACAUGCCAUUUGCAGCACAGAAGAACAUGUCUAUGAUGAAAGUACUGACAUCUCUUGUAGCUUCCUCUGUAAUUUCUUGAUGUCUCCUGGUGGGUGUUGUAGGAGUUGACAUUAACUGAAAAACCUACGACAAGAUGAUACUUUUAAAAGUCAAAGAAAUGAAAAUAUCAAAAUGGGAUCUUUUAAUAAACAGAAUUUUUGUAAAACC